AUCUUGUUUGUCAUAUUUCAUCUUCCUCUCUAUCUUCUCUUUCACAAAUAUCUCUUUUGCCGCUACAAAUGCCACCUUCAACCACUCUCCUAUCACUCGCCGGAGCCAGUGCCAGCGUUCCGGCGAGCUUUCCCGGCGAACUGGGUCAUCUCGAAACCAAGUGUUCUCCAAAACCCAGAAAGCUUUUCACCUGCUCCUGCAUAAAGGGGCUUCCUUUAUCAAAGCACAACAUCAAUGGUUUCAAUUUGAAGAGAAGGAGGAGGAGGAACUCACUUUUGUCCUUUGCACUCGGCAAAGAAGCCGAUGACCGUUUUUUAUCGGAUGUAAGUAAAGAUACUGAUGAUAUGUAUGAUGAAUUGUUAAAUAAUUAUGGAAAAGUUGUGUAUACGAGAAAAGACCGAAAGCCUGCUAGUGCAGAGGUUGAUGAUGAUGCAGAAAGCCUAUCAUUUGCUGUUGAACUGGCCACGAUUGCAAGUGAGGUUAAGGCAGGAGAUAUAAGGGUCUUGUUUGUGAAGCCACUUGUUUACUGGACUCGAUUUUUUAUCAUAGCUACAGCAUUUUCUCGUCCCCAGAUUGAUGCUAUCGGGUCCAGAAUGAGAGAUCGAGCUGAGAAGAAAUAUGGAAAAAUUCCAACUGGAGACGCUAGACCCAACUCAUGGACGCUGUUGGACUUCGGUGAUGUUGUUGUCCACAUCUUUCUUCCCCCACAGAGAGCUUUCUACAAUUUGGAAGAGUUUUAUGGUAACGCAACACCAGUAGAGCUGCCUUUUGAAAAUCAACCACCACCAUUUCGCAGUUGAGGGAGGGAGCCUAUGGUUUGUCAGCAAAUGCCUAGCUAAAGAUGACGUUGACAGUUAUUGGCCAGCUUUAAGAAGGCCAAUAAUUGCUAUCGAUUUUGGUUUUUGUUUACAUGAGUAUGAUAUGAUGUACACCAUUCACUGAGCUUAUCGGGAAGGACUUUGCUUUCUUUUAGCUGGGAUGGGAUUAGAGGAUCAUUCAAUUAGGGAAGGGGGAAAGAGCAAUAUUAAUGCAUUCAGAAGUUAUUUCUGAACUUGUACAUUAGAGUUGUAAUUCCUUUGAGAAAACUGUGAUAAAUGGGUUUGCAUAGGUUGGGGUAAGGGGGUUUAACUAUUAUUUGUAUUCGUCAACUGGGUCUGUGAAUCUAUCUAUAUGUAUUUGAUUUAGUUUGAAUUUUUUUAUAUUUUGUUUUAGAUUUGGUUCAAACUAGUUUUAUAUUUAUUAGUGUUAAUAAAAUUUUGGUUUGUCUUUC